GGCUGAAAAAAACACCAUACUUACCAGAACCAAAGGCAUAAAUACGCAUUUAUAUCCUUAUAAAUGCGUAUUUAAGUCUAUAACCAGAACUCUGAAGAAGUGGGAGGAACCAAAGAUCAACAAGCUGAAGGUGGUGAAUUUCCUCCAGGACAGCAGAGGGCGCCAAAAGGCGCCACGGCACCACUUCCGGGGUGAAAACAAAUCCCCUUCCGGUGGGUAAAAAACAAACCGGACCGCGGUGACUCCAGCAGAACUUCAGUGGCUAACCGUGGCUGCUGAAUGAACAGGCGGUCCAGUUCGGCUCGGUUCGGUCGGUCAGUAUGGUGAAGUGUGUGGUCUCCGGCUGUCCGAACCGGGUGGACGGGUCCAACCAUGGAGUGUUCAACAGAACCCAAAAACGGUUCUUCAAGUUCCCGCGGGAUCCAGCGAGGGUCAAGGUGUGGCUGGCGGCGCUGCGGCAGGCGGACCAGCAGAACCAGAACCAGAACCUGAUCUGUGAGGACCACUUCCUGCCGGAGGACGUCCUGUCGGGUGACGUCAGCGCCGACGCCAUUCCCAUCAUGCCUCCCUGCCUGGACGGGCCGCUGGACUCGUUAGACCGGUGGGGAGCUGGGUCGGAGGACGACGAGGACCAGUGGGUCGGAACCGCUGGUCCCAGUGAGGAAGAGGAGGAUGAAGGCUGCUUUCCCUUUAACACCAAGAUGGCUACUCCAGAACUUCUUGCUCUGGACCCAACAGAACAGAAUCCGGCUGUCAAAGCGUUGCCAGAAUGUCCGACUCUCAGCCAGCAGCAGCAGAACGGGCCGAUUCGGACCCAGACCCGGGAAGACGUGUCUCUGCUGGUUCUGACCCGGCGGUUCCUGGACCUGUUCCUGACGGCGCCGGACGGCUGCCUGGACCUGCGCAGCGCCAUCGCCAGCCUGAGGACGCGCCGCCGCCGCGUCUAUGACAUCACCAACGUGCUGCAGGGCGUCCGGCUCGUCCAGAAGGAGUCCGUCAACCGGAUCCGCUGGAUAGGAAGCAGCCCCGCCUCAAGCUACCUGGGUCAGAACCGGGCCCGGUCCAACAUGGCCGACCUGAAGCUGGUGGAGGAAACUCUGGACUCUCUGAUCCGGACCAGCGCCGAGCAGCUCUUCCACCUGACCGACGACCCGCACAACUCCAGGUUGGCCUAUGUGACCCGGCAGGACCUGGUCGGGCUGCAGAACCUCCAGAACCAGACGGUUCUGGUGGUGAAGGCGCCGGAAGAAACCAGGCUGGAGGUUCCGGCUCCCACCGAGGACAGCAUCCAGAUCCACCUGAAGGGCGGGACGGGUCCGAUUCGGGUUCUGACCUGCGACGCCGGAACCACAGGAGAGGCGGGCUUUUCUUCCCUGGAGGAGAGUCGGAUCAGAACCGCCGAGCUGCUGCACGCAGGUCAGCAGAACCGGGUCCAGAGCGUGUAGCUCCAACCGGGUCAGCAGGGGGCACUGCAGGCUGAGAACAGGAGAAACGAUCCGACUGACGGCUUUACAGAGGAACCGGACCGGAACCACGGACCGGACCGGAACCAGGAGUGAAGUGAUGAAGACGAUUCUGAUUAUUAUUAUUUUUUGUUUGGUUCUGGUUUUGUUUUGAGCUCAGAACUUUCUGACAGAACCGGGCCGGGAUGUUCUGAAAUAAAGAGUAAAUAAAACCUGGA